GAGUCUGCCAACCGUUCGUUAUCUGGUUUCGAUUCAAGUGGAGUCAGGACCGACUCGCCCAGCGAGAGCAGCCUCUGGAACUCCGGCUCUCAGCGAAGCAUAACUUUUGGGGCAAGUGAGAGCACCGUCAAAAUAGUCCUAACCCCGACCAACUGUUGCGGAUCUUCCGGAAAUAUGCCGACUAAAGACCGCCCAGUUUGGCUAGCUGAAAGCACAGUUCAUCAGGGACCUCUUUUGGGGUUAGGUGAAUUGGAUCGUGGCUCUGGGGGCUCGAACUCGUCUGUUCUUACUCAAACUCUUGCCCCAGGACGCGUUACCGACUCUAUGAUGACAGACUAUUCUGAAACAACUUCAGUUGUUUCUGCAAGCGGAAACCCACCACCCGCGGCUGGUAGCGGAUCAGGAGAUAUAAUGCAGCUACUUUUAGUGCAUGAACGCAGAGGCCACGGCAGUCACGGUCUAAAACAGUCACAAUCAAGCGCUGGA